AUGGCAUUUGACUACUUUGCUAACCCUCCGCCUGGUAUUGACUUGUCGGAGUCACGCACCGCUUCCAACAAUGCUAUCGGCAUUGUGCUUUUUGUUCUUUCGUUCGUUUUCGUCGCGUUGCGUCUCCUCACUCGCCUGCGUCUUAAACGUGAGGUACUGGGACUGGACGACUAUCUAAUGUUUCUUGGGCUGGCUUUGAAUGCUGGCAAUUUGGCUUGCUGCAUCGCAGGGGGCUUCUUCGGUCUGGGAAAGCACAUAUGGUCUUUGGGACCGUAUGAAAUGCGACAAAUCACGAUAAUCACUUUCGCGUAUGUGUACAUCUACACAUGGAGUUUGUGUGUCAUCAAAUUCUCAAUUCUGGCUUUAUAUCGUCGAAUUUUUGGAAUGACAUGGCUUGGCUGGUUCUGCGUCGUCCUCACUGCCGGUUAUUUCAUCACUAACCACGUCGUUCUACCACUGUAUACACGACCACUGCACUACUACUGGAAUCAGUGGUACGGUGGAGAAGGCGUGGUACUGGUGAACGAGGCAAAGUUCUAUCUUGGUAUCGGCAUCAUCAAUCUUUUCGGAGAUGUUUGCAUCCUUACGAUACCUGUACAAAGCGUGCUCAAGCUAAAUAUGGGACGAUCACAAAAGGUCGCAGUAAUUCUUACCUUUUUACUCGGCAGUUUUGUCUGUUUUGCGUCGUUGUACCGCAUCAUCACUAUCGUUCACCUUGUUAGGACAACAGACAUUAGCUGGGCUAAGAGUGAUGUAUUCAUCUGGUCUUCAGUAGAACCCUCGGUCGGCAUCAUCUCCGGUUGCCUGCCCACCCUUCGCCCGCUGCUUCUGCAAGUCACGGAUGUGCUCUCUAGGAGACUACCAUCCACGCUCAAAGGCUCGCAUCACGUUGAAUCCCCUGCGCACUCGCUAGAUCCACUCGAAACGAUCUCUAAAAAGCGCACGCGGAAGAUAAAGGUCAACAAUACGUUGGAGGGCACCACAGUUACUCAAACGGAGAUUCGAAUCGACAGGAAGUUAUGGAUGAGAUCGAAUAAAGAUCAUGAGCCAUGGGGUAAAUCUCGGUUAGAUGAAGAUGAGAUAGGUCUGACAACAACCCAUGUGCAUGGAGAGUGUCCUAAUGCAGGACGCAAGGCAUCGAGCGAGGUUCGGAUAAGCGAGUCGCCUCCAAACGAUAGAAGAGAAAGGGGAAUCACUCUGACGAGAGAGUUUGAAUGGGAUGAAAGAAAACAGAGUCCUGUUCCCCGCAAGUAG